AUGCGACGAACGACUCGCAGUCUCAUAGUCAACGCCGUCUUGUUCUGGACCGUGCUGUUUCUCAUCAUCUACGCCAACCAUGAUUGGGGCUCGACUACCAAGACCUUUGCGUGGUCUAAAAUCCACUACAAGACCUCCUCCGCCACCCUGCCUGAGCCUCGCGGCAGCUGUCCCGGCUUGGAAGAGAACACAAAGCCCGCACUAGUGGUGGCAAGAGUUGGCGCCGAGGACCGUUCAUGGCUUGACGCUCUAGCAGCCUCUUACCAUCUGUGCGUCUACAGGACCGACCAUCAGGACGUGACCUCGUGGCAUCUGCAAGUGCCCGCGAACCGGGGCCACGAAGCCAUGGCAUACCUCACCUUCCUUAUCGACAACUACGAACGCCUUCCUGCGGCCGGCGCCGUCUUUGUUCACGGCUCACGCUGGGCAUGGCACAAUGACGCUCCUGAUUACGACAAUGCAGCUCUCUUGGCGACCUUGAAUGUUUCGGCUGCCCUCGCCCCGUUCGGAUACCACAAUCUACGGUGCGACUGGAGCGCCAGCACCUGCUCCCCGACUGAGGCGCCGGCGCAGGGCAGCCUGGAAACGCUGACGCGCUCUGUGCUCGAGCCGUGGAAUUUGCGCUUGGUGUCAGAUCGGGCAUUACCACAGGCGAUCGUGGAUCUGUUCGGCGGCCACGAUGAAGCAGAUGGCAAGACGGGCUCUUCCAAGUUGUCUCUGGGACGGACGGAUGCCAUUCGAUCGCAGUGCUGCGCGCAGUUUGUUGUUUCCCGGGAGCGCAUGCGGCAACAUUCCCGCGACGAAUAUAUCGCUCUCCGACAGUGGCUGCUGGACGAAGGCAGGAGUGCAGCACCGCCUGACGACCGCAUCGCCGGCCGGAUCCUGUCAUAUAUAUGGCAUAUCUUGUUCAUGCCGCAGGGUGAAUCUUCUUACAUCGAUCUGAAUCAACUGAAUUCAUUGGCAUGCCCGCCCGCCAAAGAAUGCUACUGCCGCUUGUACGGCCGCUGCAAUCUCGAAGGCUGCUCAACUCCUGGUCAUUGUCGUGGACAAUAUGUCUUGCCGCCGGACUUUCGAUUGCCGGAUGAUUGGGCGGUGAGACAUUCGUAA